AUGAAUUAUCGAUCUUUCUACAACACGGCAUUAGCUUACCCUGUACUAUAUUCACCUAUCACUCAAUUCAGCAAUCCAAUGUCACGUUCAAACCAACAACAAACACCAGGCGGCAAUCGGCCUCCAAAUGAUAGUGCAAAACCUCGCAAAUAUACUCGAUAUUCCGAUGGCACUCGACGUGCAUCAACAUCAUCCAAUAUUAGUAUCCGAUCAGCCGUAGCUUCUGGUGGAGCAUCGCAUGCCGACACACCACCACCAGCAUCUCAAACUUCAGCUCUUGACCCAUCACGAGCGGCGACGACAUCAUCAACAACCAACAAUGAACCAGGCAACAGCCGAUUGACCAGCUUGCAGGAUGCAUUGGACACAUUGUACGACGAGUGGAUGUCUGUGGAGAUUGUAUUUCAAUCGAUGCAAAAUGCAUUUCCAGUGGCCCCGCUAGCAGCAUUAUCACACGAAGGGCGAUUGGAUGACAUUGAUCGCGAACUUAGUAUUGCAUACGAUGAUUUGAUGGUACAAGUGCGUCGUAUUCAUCGCAACUUGAACCGGCUCUCUCAUGAUAUGGCUCAUUUCAGGGCAACAAAACUACAACACAAUCAGCGUGCAGCAGCAUCUUCAUCAUCGUCAUCGUCUGAGCAACAACAGCAACAGCCCCAGGAUCGAGCACAUGAUGACAACAUCGGUCGCACAACAGCUUCACAAUGA